AUGUCACAGAGAACACCAUAUGGUCAAGGGGGACAUUCAUCUCCUUCUGAUGUGAGAUUUGAUUCCCUUAGCCCACAUACAUCUCACUCCUACGCUGAUGGGCCUUCUUCCACGCCUGCUGAGGUUGGGGGUUCAUCAACGCCCCCUGCUCCCCAUCAAAACUGUAUCAUGAUACGUCCCUUGGGUUCCUCGUUUGAUAACAUUUGGUGCAAACGAGAUAUAACACGAAUAAUUCAAAGUAAGUUUGAGAAGCCAUACACAAGUUGGAAAAAGACAGACCCUGCUAUCAGGGAUAUGUGGUUUGGCGAAUUUAAGAAAAGGUGGUCUUGGGAGAGUGAAUUGGAAAAUCAAAUAAGGAUAAAUUUUGAAAAGACAACCUCUGAUCGUUUGACUGACCUUUUGUUCCGUGUGAGGAGGGACUUGACAAAAAAACCAUCUUGGACGUGUCCUGUUGUAUUUGAAGCACUCAAGGAGUAUUGGAAUACUCUAGAAUUUAAGAACAAAUCAGAAAAGGCAAAGAAAAAUCGGUCCUCAGAUAUUGGUGGUAGUAAGCACACUUGUGGUUCCAUCCCUAUGUCUGAACAUAAGAAGCGACUGGCUGACUUUCAGAUGCGGCAAGCAUCAUCACAAUCAUCAGCAGUUGGCCCGACAGAAGAUAGUGACGCUGCUGGACAGCCCUCACAGGCAGCUUUAGAUGAGACAUCAUUAUGGUUGGAGGUUGCAGGCGGCAAAAAAAAGGGUCGUGUGUAUGGCAUAGGGUCUGAAGCACACGUCAUCCCUGGUUCUUAUCAUGUGUUGUCGCCACCGCCACCGCCUCCAUAG